AGUUCAGUUGCUGUGGUGUUUUGGUGGUGAGAAGUUACAACUUCUGCAAUAAAAGGCCAGUUUAAAAGCUUACUUCUGUACUAAUUUCUGACAUUUCUCAAAUGAUGUGAUGCAUGGAGAACAUUUAGAAGGAUGUGCAAAGAAACACAGCUGAAACCUAAAACAUCAUUUCACCUCGUGGUUCUUGUUCAGAAAUUACUGCAAACUCAAGAGGGAUUAAAGACAGGCUUUGUUUCAUGACUAGAUUAAAAUGUCAUGUUGCUCCAGAUUUUCCAGUUUGUUUGUGCUUACCGUGCCUUGACAAAGGCGCCUGAGCCCAUUCUGCGGUCGAAGCUGAACUUCCCAUGGUCUGGGGGAAAGGCCGUGUGAGUAUCUCUUUCUGCCACUUGAGGUUCAGGGGUUUAGUCUUUAUAUGACCAGAAAUAAAAGUGCACAGCAGGAGCAAAUGACAACUUCUGUCCUUGCAAGCUGGUUGUGUUUUCGUAGGACACCUGAGACGAGGUGUUUGGAGUGGUGUACCUGAACUACAUCUCCCAGCAGCCUGUGCUUGCUGGCUGGAGGAAGCAGUCCCGGUGUUUCCUCCUGGACUUUGGCAGAGAUUUUAAGCGUGAGAAGCGCCAGGCUCUUGCUGUUCCUGUUUCACACAGCCUGCGUCUCAUCAAACACCAGCAGCCUCCUCUCCCCCAGCAGAGCUCGAUGGCGGCGCAGGUGACGGUUCUGCCUUCCCUCACGUGUCUGUUCGACGACCCCGUGCAGAUCUGCGUGACAGGUCUUCUGCCGCAGCAGGAGGUCACCCUCAGAGCCUGCCUUGUGGACGAGGGUGGGGAGCUCUUCCAAGCCCACGCUCGCUACAGGGCUGGGAGCAGCGGGGAGCUCGACCUGACCUGCUCCCCAGCUCUGGGGGGCAGCUACUCCGGAGUGGAGCCUAUGGGGCUGCUGUGGUCUCUGCGCUCCAAAACGCCCUAUAAGCGGCUGGCAAAGAGGAACGUCCUGACCCCUUUCUGCGUGGACUUGGAGGUGUAUGAGGGCCACGGGGACAUGAGCCGGUUGCUGGGAAAAUGCACCCAUGAGCGAAGUUUUUUAGGAGAGGGAGUGAAGAGGAUUUCAGUCAGAGAAGGUCGGCUUAAAGCAACUCUCUUCCUCCCUCCUGGACCAGGACCAUUCCCCGGACUUAUCGAUUUGUAUGGAUCUGGAGGAGGUCUUGUUGAAUACAGAGCAAGUCUUCUUGCUAGCAGAGGCUUUGUGACUCUGGCUCUGGCUUACAUGGCCUUUGAAGAUCUACCUGCUAUGCCAGAGAUUCUCGAACUGGAUUAUUUUGAGGAGGCUGUACGCUUUUUACAGAAGCAGCAGCAGGUGAAGGAUACUGGGAUUGGCGUUUUGGGCUUGUCUAAAGGAGCUGACCUAGCCCUUUCCAUGGCCACGUUCCUACCUGGCAUCAAGGCAGCUGUCAGCAUAUCUGGAAGUGGUUUUAAUUCUUUCAUUCCCCUGCGGGGGGAUGGCUUCACUAUUCCUCCCCACCCAUAUGAUCUGGGGAGGAUGAAGACCAGUAAGGAGUCCGACCUAGUAGAUUUUUCAGAAAUCCUAGAUGAUCACAGGGACCCCGCAACGUGGCAUUGUCGCAUUCCCAUGGAGAGGUCCUUGGCCAAGUUCCUCUUCUUGUCAGGGCUGGAUGACAUGAACUGGAAAAGUGACCUGUAUUGCCAGGAUGCUGUUCAGCGCCUUCGGCACUGUGGACGGAAGGUGGAGUUUUGCUCCUAUUCUGGAGCAGGGCACCUCCUGGAGCCACCAUACCUGCCUCUGUGCCAGGCUUCCAUCCACAAAGUGCUUGGUUUGUUUGUGCAGUGGGGAGGACAAUGGAGGGAGCAUGCCAAAGCCCAAGAAGAUGCGUGGCACAGGAUACAGGCCUUUUUCCGGCAACACUUGAUGGACUCGGGUAUUCCUAAGAGCAAUCUGUAGUAGAAGUGUCGCUGUCAGUGGUGUCAGCUAUGGUGGCAGGGUUAGUAUUUAAUUUCUCACUGUAUUAGGGCCGGAAUCCUGGAAAACUAUUCAAAGCUUCCUAGCCUACCUCUCUCUAAACACCAUUGUUGCAUAAUUGUGUAUUUUCAUUUCUCAAAUAAUUUCCUGUUUUUGAGUUGAAUUUUAAGUGUCAUCUGUCCCCAGCUACACUGUAGACUGGCGCCAUCUGAUCUGUCUGUGCUGGAGCCAUCAGUGAGAGCCCACCAUCCUGUCAUGCAGACUGUGUUUGUGCCCAGCUGUCUUUGCUUUCAGUCUCCAACCCUUUCCCUUGGUAGCAGGAAAUACUCUCAAAGGAGGAGUCCUUCAUUGAAUUGUUCAGUAUUACACCUUUAAUUACCUUAAAUAUAAACAGUGGUUUCUCAGGGCAAUACAUCAGUACAUGUAUUCACCUUUCCUCUUGGUAUGUCAUUUUCUCACAUUCCCUAGUAAAAAGUAUGCUACAAUUCUGAUAUGAACUGAAUAAAGAGGCACUCUUCUGACUUAUUCUGAAGUGCAGUGACAACGUUUUUUUCUGGUACUUCAAAAGCCAGAAGAAAUUAAUCUUACCCUGGUUGCACUGGUUGUAUCUCCUGCUGACUCCAGAUACCUUACAUGUCAGAUGGAAGUUUGCACUGUGCUACUCAAUAAAUACAAUGUGUACGUGUGUAUGCACACUUUACUUGAAAUCAUCUGAAUGAAGUCUUUGAAGACUGUCUUUAUGCCUGUAAAUACACAGGCAGCAAUCCUGGUGCAGUCACAAGCUAUCCCUUCACCUGGCUGAAGAGUUUCUGUACAGGAGUCCUUACCUCUUGUCAGGAACAAGAAUGGGGGAGUUUGCAGAAGGGUUCUGCACAGUGCUCAAGAUGGGGGUGUUGCAGAUGCAUUAAGUACCCGCUUUUGAAUGUUGAAGCUUAGUUUAUCCCUGUUUUGGGGAGGAAGAACAAUACCAUGGCUGCUGCUGAGUUCCCAGGAGCCCUGUGGAGCAGACUGUCCUCCCUGUCUUGCUGCUACAGCAGAGAGCUGUGGGCUCACUGGCAGCUCGGAAAUGCCACACUGAAGAGAGGACUGACGCUGCCUCCUGGGGAAGUGUGUAUUAACCUGCCCUCUGCUGAGGUACAGACCUGUUGAGGACAGCUGGGAUGUACCUCUCGCAAUUGCAGGGUACUGGCAGACAGCAGCUUGCUGACAUUUUCCAGAGAUCAAAUGGUACCAACUGAGCAAAUUUUGCCUCCUGGAGCAGUCGAGGCUCCCAUUCUGACCACAGAAGGAGGUGGGGGUCCAUCAGGAUUUCUGUUACUACCUCUUCAUUUCUCUUUGUGCUGUGUGCCUUGUGUCCUGCACAAAUUGUGGUGGUUGUAAAUGUUUAGUGAGUGGCUAGGACCUGACAGAAGAGCAGUGUGUAGCACCAAGGGAAGUCAAACACAUUUGAGCAGUUCAAUUUGGAUAAGGGACAUUUUCUUUUCCCUCAUUUGUCUGUUUUAUUAAAGCUGUCAGAAAAGCCUGGGUUUUCCAUCCAGAUUUGUCUCCGACUCAGGCCACUGUACUGUGAGAGUCUCUGGAAGAUGAAUAAUUUUGUUCUGUUUUUACUGAACACAGCGAGGCUUAUGCAGUACAGUGAGUUUUGUGGGACAACAUAUUAUUUUAAUCCCUUCUGAGAUGAAGACGAACUUUCUCAGCCUUCAACAUGCAGUUUACAGACCUGUGUUUUGAAUUAGAAUAUUGUGAGCUUCUGAGAAAAUAGAUUUCCUUUAACUAGAGGAAACUGCAGUUAAAAGGAAAAAUACUUUGGGCCAGCAAAGGAACAAUGGGUCAGCGAUGCUUUCUUAUGGUCUGUUACGUUGCUGGUUUCAGCAGUCACGUUCAAAGAAAUCAUUGCUGCAACAAGAGGAGGGAGGGAGCUGCAGGGUGACCCCAUCGAUGACAGCACUACAUAAAACCUCUUUGUUGGUCUGAAAUUAAAGCUUUGCUAUCCAGUUGAAGCCCAUUUAUUUACCACUUGGAUGGCAGCUGGCAAGAAAGGUCGAAAAGGCUGAUGAAGAAGCAAGGAAGACUGAAAAAGCUGAUUUAGCUGAGCAGCUCUGUGCCAUAUACAAACAAGAAAAUAGGUCAGCCAACGCAGUUGCACAGGGUAUUCAUUUUAAAUCAGCUGGCCUUUUUAGAAACUCGUUUUUGAAAGUUAUCUUCAGGAAAUAGAAGCUGGAAGGAGACUAACAUCAAGUAAUUGGAAAUGGCCUAAUUUCAAUACAAUGCUUCUGCUUGUUCUUGAGCAUGUUCUGCAGUGACAGAGCUUUGAAUUGUUAACAUUUCUUCUGCUGAAGGGGUGAGUUAGACGAGUGGGGCUAAGAUGACAUUUUUCCAAGGUUUUCUAAGGUAGUGGCAAAGAUUGUACUAAUCAUAGCCUGUAGAGUCAGGCAGCUUUGCAUAGUUCCUGCAGGGUUACAGAGGACAGACAACAUUAUUCAAGAGCAAUGUGAAAGUUACAAUUUAAUUAAAGUUAAUAGAUCUUCAGCUGCAAAAGAGAGACCAUGCCAAGCACAACUGAUAAAAGUAAUAAAAAGGGGAUGGGGAAAGCUUUUGUUGUAGUCUGCUUGUAAUUGAAAAGUGCUUCAGAUGAAAUAGCAGAUCAAAAAACUAGCCUGAACCAAAAAAUCUUGACUUGAUGCUUGUAUCAGUCCUUUUGUUUAGCACUGCAUAUCUUAAUGAGAAGAGCUUGUGACAUGGCUCCUCAGAAACUGGGAAGCAAUAUCUUCUCACAUGUAAGCUGAUACAGGAGAGAUGAAAUAUCUUUGUGAAGGUACCUAUACAUCGAGUCCUACGUCUCUGCAGUAAUGGCUAUUUGAGACUUCAGCAGAAUUUUACCAGGAACUGCGCUGAACAAGGAGAUUUCAGUGCAAAUGUGCUCCUGUAACAGCAGGAGCUUCUGACCUAGGAGAAGCAGCGUCUCUGGAUGGCUUCUGCAAGCAAGCUUGUUUCAUGGCCUCAGGGCAGAAGGUUUGAAGUGAAAGUUGAGAAUAUGUGAGGUGUAAUUAGAAGUGCUCUUUCCCCAUUCUCUGUUUCUGUCCCGUGUGUUUGGCAGCCUAAAGACGAUCGGGGACUUUUUUUUUUUUUUUAUUCAAAGCUUACCCAGUUCUCUAAUACAUUACCAGAUCAUGUGUUAUCAAGCUCUAGGAUAGGACCACCAUUUGAUGAC